AUGAACUACAGUCCCAAUUGGCCCAAGAUUAUCGAUCGUCUUUUUAUGGACUUGGUUGCGACUGUUGGCAUUAGCAUUAUGCUCAUCUGCGGAUGCAGGGCGAGGGCUAUAUACAACAGACCUGCGACAUCCGAUUACCGCGAAGCACUGCUGGAUAUUUUCACCAUCAUGAGCUCGCUCAUGAUAGGUGCUGUCACCUUGAAGAUCAUUCAAUACUUUUGCAAAGACGCUUUGCCGCAGUUUGCAAUGUAUUUCCUCCCCUCGGUUGGCAAAACUAUCUACUUGAGCAUCCGCUACAGAAUCGAAUUGAAUGAGGUCCUCAUCUAG